AUGGGCGGGAAGAGUCAGGCCAGAAUCCAGAGCUUCUUCAGGAAGCGAAAACACGUUUCCGCGGACGCCGAUGACAACCCAUCUUUUGGAGAGCUAGCCACUGAAGGGGAAGUACGAUAUCCUGUUAUUGACUUGGAGGAAGAGGCCAUGCCGUUAAUUGAGUCGGAGAUACAGAUAUCUGGGACCUCGAACUUCUCUCCGGUCAGGAUAGGUGGCAGAAUAGCGGCAUCGGGGAGGCCGAAAAAGCAGUACAAACGCACGCGGAAGUACGAUGCGAGCUAUCUCAGAUUCGGAUUCAUUCAAGAGCCCGGUAGCGAAUUCGAGCCUAGGCCGCUGUGCAUUGUUUGUUCGGAGUGCCUAUCGAAUGAAGGAAUGAAGCCGUCCAAACUUCAGAGGCACCGAGAUUUGAAACAUCCCGAUCUGGCUUGCAAACCGUUGGAGUACUUUCAGAGAAUGCGAGACGAACUCAAGCAGCAACAGAAUUCAAUGAGAAAUAUGACCCUUGGUGACAAUAACUCCCAGAUGAGAGCCUCGUAUCUGAUAUCGCUCGAAAUCGCGAAGAACAAGAAAGCAUACGUCAUCGGCGAGGAAUUGAUAAAACCAUGCAUCCUACUGGCGAGUCAGGAGGUGAUCGGACACGACGCUUACCAGAAACUCAGAGGUAUCUCCCUGUCGCGCAACACGGUGAAACGGAGAGUCGAGCACAUGGCCGAUAACAUCCAAGAUCAAAUUAUCGAUUUGGUCAAGAAGUCGACAUUCUACUCGAUCCAGAUCGACGAGUCAACAGAUCUGACGAAUAAAGCCGUAUUGGUCUGUUUCGUCAAGGUCGAACACGACGGAGAACUCUUGGAGGAACUUCUCUGCUCUGUGGAACUGCCGGGUCGGACAACUGGCUCCGAAAUAUUCCGAGUCCUUGACGGCUUUUUCGAAGAUCAUAGCAUACCGUGGAAGAACUGCAUUGGGGUAUGCACGGACGGAGCCGCUAAUAUGACAGGACGUCUGAUGGGUUUCACAGCAAGAGUCAAGAAGGUCGGACACCCCAACUUGCUGAGCACCCAUUGCAUCAUACAUAGGGAACAACUGGUUGCGAAACGACUCUCUCCACAAUUGCACAGCGUUUUGUCUGAUGUGGUCCGCAUUGUGAACGAGAUUCGUUGCAAACCAUUGAAUUCGCGUAUCUUCGAAGCUCUCUGUGAGGAAAUGGGUUCUCAGUUUUCCCAUCUCCUCUUGCAUGCAGAAGUCAGGUGGUUGUCUCGUGGGAGAGUUCUCAAUCGACUUCUUUCUUUGUUGCAAGAAGUUAAGGUAUUUUUCCAGCAGCAGAACAAUUCGACGUUCCUUGCUAUCAUGUCCGAUGUAGAUUGGAAAGCCAAACUAUCAUACUUGGCCGAUAUUUUCUCUCAUUUGAAUGAGCUGAAUUUAUCCUUACAAGGGAAGCAUUGCGAUAUGUUCACGCUGCGAGCGAAGAUUGACGGCUUCCGUAAAAAACUAGUUCUUUGGCACGCCGCAGUCUCAGAGAAAGAUUUUCCGAUGUUUCCUAAUUUCGAUGAGUUCUCGAAGCAGAAUCACCUCAGCGAGGGAGUGGUCGUAAUCGUCCGGGAGCAUUUACAAACCCUCAUGGAUUUGUUCGGUAAAUACUACCCGGAGCAAGAAGAUCCCAGAAAUGGCAGUCUCUGGAUUCUGGAUCCGUUCACCGCGAAAAUUGACGACACGAAUUUGUGCAUGAAAGGGAAAGAAAGCUUGCUGGAUCUCGCUUCAGAUGCGAGCCUGCAGAUGAAGUUCCACGCUUCGUUGUCGAGAGCUCAUUUUUGGCUCGGAGUUGGACAAGAAUACCCGAUGCUGAGCGCGGAAGCGAUGAAGAUUUUGGUGCAAUUCUCCACAACUUACCUCUGCGAGAAAACGUUUUCAUCUGUCACUGCCAUCAAGACUAGAUAUCGGACUUCCCUCGAGAUGCACGCGGAACUUCGACUAGGAGUUACGAAUCUAGCGCCUCAGAUCGACGCGAUCUUGUCGUCGAAGCAAGCACAGGUAUCGCACUAA